GUUCCCCCUGCCCAAUCUGGUGUGUUAUUGAAAGGGCAUCUUUGAAAUAAGCCUACAAAGCUGUGACUCGUUAUAUAGCAAUUAUACCGUUAUGGCUUGCUGGAACAACAGAAAAAAACUAUCGUAGAUAUUGAUACUCAACUCCUCUUGAAACCCUCCCUCCCCGAAAAGACUUCGAUCCUGUACGACAGUGAGCGGAGGGAGCAAAAAGCUGCGCCAAUUCCUUGCACCAUCUCAUUGUUAGCCAAAGCACACACGCUAAUUCAUACAAACCUAUGGAAGCUUCAAAACCCAUUUUGAAAACCAUGCACGACAACCGUCAAAGCAUUUGGCAGAGCACAGAUAGACAUACGCAGAAACGAAGCCAAACUUUUUCCUGCAUCGUCAACGACGUGCAUCAGGAACUUGGAACUCGGAAAGGGGACAUUUGUGUGGUUUUCCUUUACCUCCUUUCUUUUCUUUCUUUUUUUGUCCCAUCCUUCUCGUUCUCUUUUCUUUUUUUCCUGCUUCCCAAACUUUGCUUGGCAUCAAGGCUCACACAUUUUUUAUCUCCAAUUGUCCACACACAAACGGGAGAGAACAAGUUCCAACGCCAAAGCACAAAAAACAACACAACCGCUCCACCCCUCCUUCUUUUUUUGUGUUUUUUUUCACCACAUCCUUCUUCUCGUCAACCAAUUGAAGCUCUCGAGAAACCGGAAAGCACACUCUCUGCGCUCUUAAAGAAGGAUAAGGAUAACGCCUCUUAUACACAACGCUUGAACGGAAGGAUUCGUCUCUUUUUUUCUUUGUUUGUUUUUCAUCGUUGGCGUGUUUUGUCUCUUUCAGCUCCUGAGAAAAAAUUGUUCAAAAAAAACGUCUCACUUAUUAAAGAUUCAAGGCCGUUGUCGAAGAAACACAACUUUACGUUGUUAAGAUCACACGUUAUUCAGUUUUGAUACAAAGGACCUCGAUACAAAUCAACAGGGGGAACUUGAGGAUAUAAAAAUACCGAUACACACACCCUCGGACAGACAUCAAGAGCGCGAAUCGAAUCACCGUAUUUGCAGAGUCUGAGUUAU